CCACGGCGAGAUAUAGCGCGGCACAUGUCAACGAACCUCCAUGAGUCGUUCUCGCAUACCGAAGGACUCGCUCACCGCCAUCCACCAGCGUUAUGAGGAUGCAUGUCAUGCCAUUUACAUGGAGCAGCAGAACAAACUGCGGCCACUCGGACCCUCCUACUCACAGAAGCCGGCAGCGAUGCAUGAGACGUACUGUCGCUUCGGAAACCAGAAGGUGAUCAUACAGCGAGGUGUGAGUAGCAUCAACGUCGCGGAGGCUGAGGACAAGGAGCAGCGACCGCCAUCGCGAGGCGCAUCGCCCUUAGACCGGAGGUCGCCGUCGUCUCCCCUGCAGUUGAAGUUGUAGUGCUUUCGGGCGGCGGGUUUCUCGUACGCUCGUCGCGCCGGCAGGUCGGUGUGUGUGAAUGUCCAACUGUGUGCGCGCGCAUGUGUGUGUCGUCUGUGUCUGCGAGUGUGUGCAUGUGUGA